UGUAGAAUAUUUCAAAAACAAAUUUUAAAAUAAUUAUUUUUCGUGAAAAUAACAUUUAGUAUUGCCAGCUUGCGUCUCAACCAUGAACAAAAAUACACCUCAUCAAUCCGGCUGUCACUUCACUUUAAUCUAUGGUUUCUGCUGCUGCCUUCAACAAACAAUCCUUCCACCCAUUUCCAGUGAUUCUCAAGCCGUUUGCUACAAAUAUCUAACAGAAAUGACAUCGAAAACCGAAAAGGAUCGGGCCAAACAGAUCCAGGACCGAUGUCAGAACAUAUUAAUGGUUAUGCUGAAGGAUGAAGACAACAAAUAUUGUGUUGACUGUGAUGCAAAAGGACCGCGCUGGGCGUCAUGGAACCUGGGUAUUUUUCUGUGCAUCCGCUGCGCCGGCAUCCAUCGGAACCUGGGCGUGCACAUCUCCAAGGUGAAGAGUGUGAACCUGGACUCCUGGACCCCGGAGCAAGUGGUAUCCCUUCAACAAAUGGGCAACUCCCGCGCGCGCGCCGUGUACGAGGCCAACCUGCCCGACUCGUUCCGGCGGCCGCAGAACGACUCCGCGCUGGAGGCCUUCAUCCGCGCCAAGUACGAGCAGAAGAAGUACAUCGCCAAGGAGUGGGUGCCGCCCGCCCCUCCCAAGGUCAACUGGGACAAGGAGAUCGAUGAGGAAAUGGAGAGGCAAAAGCGGAAAAAGAAGUCGACCUCGUCGGGAUUAGGCCCUCUGCCCGCGCCCACCAACGACAAGAAAUACAAUAAAUCGGACGUAAUCCCAAGCUUACCAAAGCCCAAAUCAUCAGUCAGCCCAAAGCUGGGCCGGAGCACGCCCACAGCCCAAGUGGAGCCCCCCAAACCCACCAGCUCCGCUGAUCUCCUCGGCCUGGACACCUCCAAACCCGAAACCAAGCAAGAUGACAUCUUCUCCAGUUUCUUCUCCGCUCCCCAAGAACCUGUGGAACCUCCUAAAGAAGUCAAACCCGACUUGAAGACCGAGGAAGAAAAUUUCUUCAAACAACCCGCCCCAACUGAAAAGGAAAAGAACAAACUAACUAAAGAUAGUAUCCUAGCUCUAUAUAGUAAGACUCCUUCUAAUUUAGGAAGCCAAUUCACUCAGCAAAGCUUCAACGCGUCGGCGCAAAGUCAGUUCAACCAAAGCCAGUUUAAUCAACCAGCUCAGUUCAACCAGCAACCGACUAAUCAGUUCAAUUCAACCAAUUUUAAUCAAACACAGUUCGCUCAACAGCAAAAUCAGUUUGGUUUCGCUAACGCGUUCCAAUCGCAGCCUUUUAACAAUGCGCCUCCUCAAAAUGGGAUGCAACAACAGCAACAACAAUUUAACCAGUUUCAAUCUAUGCCAGGGCAGCUUCAACAGCCCUUCGGACAACAACAACAGUUCAACUCCGCCCAGCAAAGUUUCCCUCAAAAUAACCAAUUUUUCAACCAACCUCAACAACAGCCGCUGUCUCAGCAAUUCGGUUCUUUAAACUUAGGACAGGGUUUCUCUAGCGCGUUUCCUAACGCCAAUGUUGCCAGCAACAGCACUUGGCAGUAACUUGUUUUCAGACGUUCCUACGCGUUAAUGUUUUUUUUUAAAUGUGAUAGUUUGUUUUAUCUGUGGAGCAUUUGUUAUCUGUGCAAAGGAGCUGAUUUCUUUUCGAUUGUACACUGGAGGACAAUAAUAUGAAUACACGUAGUCGCGAAUUUGCCAUUGACCUUGAAUUAUUUAGCUCGUAUAUUCUUAUUAAAGACAUAACUAUCUCAAAAAUGCUCUGGAUAUAAUUUAAUAUCAAAAAGUACGCGCUCGUACAGUAACAGUACUCUCGAUUUGAAAAAAAAAAAAGGAUUCUCGAGAGAUCUAAAACAUAUCGUGUCAGGCAGCUGUCAUCUAGGUGUUUUGUGUUCAAUAUUUAUGUUGUGAUAUUCCAACUUCUAUCGGCAAAUUCGCAUAUUGUCAAGGAUUGUAAAUAAUUACAAACAAACUUACUUUUUAAUAAGAGGUGUAAGUAUUGGUCCUAUUUAAUUUGUGAUUUACAUUAGACGUGUCACAUUUCUGGUUAAGCACUUUGAAUCUAACGCACUGUAUAUUGUGUUCGUGUAUUUAAAAUAAUGUAUGUAAAUUCUGAAGGUAACGUCUAUAUUGUUUCAUAUUGCCGAGAUACUUACAUUGAAGGUGCGUUGGGGUAGCAACGGAAAAGAAGUAAUUUAGAAAAUCUCUUCUAAACUUGAACCAACCAAAACACCUAGGAGGUUUCAAUGUUCAUCAAAUAUACACCUAUACUCUGUAUCUUUAGGUAUUUAAACAAAAGUAUAACAUUUAUUGGUUAACCAACCAAAUACAAAACCGCCUGGAUCUGUCACAGAACGUCCUUACUUUAACCUACAUUAUUUGAUCAUGUAAUGUUUUCAUCUACCCUCAACUGGUUUAAGGAGCCAUUUGAGGGUAGAUUUUGAUUACUUUUACUUAAAUACCUAAAGAUUCUAUAUCUUUAUUAUAGAAUAUUUGUUAAUAAAUAUAUUGCAAUUUUAUAUUACGCAGAAAUAAAUUAUGUUAUUAAGCUUAGAACUAAAUUAAAAGUAGAAAAAUCACUGUCUCGGGCUGUGUCUAGGGGCGCAUCACUAAGGCGCAUAUGGUGGAAGUCUUCGCUGUCCCCGGGUGUAGUCUCAGUAGCUCAGUUGGCAGAGUAUGGGCUAGUGAUCCAGUGUCGUGAGUACAAGUCUCACCCGAGUUGAAUUUUUCCACUUAAAUUUAUUUCUAAGCUAAUAUAUUGCAUUAUUUAGUAGAUAUUUAUGAUUUUUGGAAUGAUAUUUUCCGAAGUUAUCCCAAUACACCUAUGUUGAUGCAUGACUAGUAACAUUUCUUGAGAGGAAUAAUUUAAUGACGCAGGGUUGGUGCCUUUCGUUAUCACAAUAAAUACUUAAAUUGUAUAUUUACCUACACUACACAUGUUAUUCGGUUUGCGGGUCUGUGCAUAUGUUGUUCAAUUUCAAUACCGUUCGAACACGAGGAAAAUUGGUCCCGUUAGGUAUAGGGAAUAAAAGGUCCCUGUGCGGGGUGAAUUAACUGUGGUGUGGUGACCCAGGAGUCCGUCGCCAUACAUGAGGUCCAUCCUAAUUAUUUAAUAGCCGAAAAAUUGCCACUGCUGUUUAAAAAGUCAGGGGAAAUAUCAACUUGCAACAAUUCCUUAACCCAGACCCAGCUUAACCGAAAUAAAAUGUGUAGGUCUGUAUUUUAUAGAAUAGAUUAUUAGUUUAUUUUUAAGUAAACUUCGAAGUUAAGAACCUAUUAACCUCGUUGUCCUAAAAUUGUAAAGUCAUUAUUGUACUUCUAAUAUCGCCCUGUUUGAGAGCCGCCAACUUGUAUCAAAUGUACAAAAUAGUUAAAAUUGAGUCAUGAAGUAAUCCUAAACUUUUGCAAUUGAGGAACUAUCAAUUGCUUAAAAAACUUUCCAUCAGCAAUCUCGGGAUUAGGUAGCCAUACGGAUCCUGUGCUUAUAAAACUUAAAAGAAUUUAUGUAUGUCGACAAGGGUAUUGCUAGCUAGGGAAAGGGGGGGCAGUUGAAAUGGCCGAAUAGGGGGGCAGCUGCCCCCCGCCCCUCUCUGACGCCCAUGUAUGACGAAAUCAUACAAUUCAUGAAAUUCUGCCUCGCACAGCUAAACUGAGGAAUGAUUUAUCGCUCGCGGUGUUUCCGGACUUCCUUCCGGAAACCUUCAAGAAUAAAGUAAUUGCAAGCCCUCGGGUGUCCAUGGGCCACAGUAAUGGCUUACCAUCAGGCGAUUUGUCUGCUCAUUUGCCCCCUAUCAGUCAACAAAGUUGGUAGCUCAGAUCUCGGGUAUGAUUAAUAAUUAUAGUUUGUAGGUUCGAUGCUAUGAUAUAAUUUAAUUCAGUAUUUCCAGUCCAUAAUUUUUUUAUAUUUAUUUUAUAAAUUGGUUUAAAUAAAUUUUAUUUACAAUUAUUUUUGACUGAAGUCACUAUUUUUCUUGUAAUUUUAAUAUUUUAUUGUAAUUUCAGGUCGAUAAGACUGAUGUCUCCCACAGUUGCUUUGAAACAGGGUCGUUUGCUACACUUUGCACUAAAUACAUAUUUCAAUAUGAAUUGAAAAUAUAGGAUUUUGUGCAGAGUGUAUCGUUGUAUAAAAUCGACGGUAAUAAUACUAAUUUGUCAAUUUUUAUGGCAUGUAGUGUAAAUAUAAUUAACUUUAGACCACUCACAGCAAUUGUGGCUUAAUUAAUAAUUAUUGAUGCAUUAAAUUAUUUACACCAAUAAUUUACAUUAUUUUAAACUACAAGUAGAAAAAAAUAAAAUCAACCAGGGGUUGAACCACGAAGUCCGCUUUUGAGAAUAUUAAAUUAAUAUUGCACCGAUUUGCACAAAGUGAGGAGUGACAUUAUAAAUAGCAUAUUUUCAUAGAAAUUUGACAUUACCACAUUGCCACAGAGUUAUCUUGGUCCGACUGUUCAAUUCAGAAAAACAGACUUUUAAAAGGACAGUAUAUAUUAGAAUUUUGAACUAUGAUUCAAUAAAAGGUUAAUUUUUUUCAAAACUGCAAAAUGUUUUGGUCUUGAGGGUAGAAACCCUGUACUUACAAGCGAUUAACAGCGCUACUACCACAAUAAAUAAUAAUACUACCGUACAGAAAGGAAACUUCCAACAAAACUGAAGCUUGACAGCGAUUCAGGGACGAGUCGUGUUGUCCCUUUCUAAUGUAUGGCACUAUCCCUUUCGGCUAUUUAGGGUUGUAAAUUCAAGUAAUUCUUAUCUGUGCACGCAUAGGGACGUCAAGUUUUGCCAACUCUAAUAAUUACUCGUAGCUAUGGAAGGUAGAGUUAAGGAAUAGAAUCUCCAUAUAUCAAAAAGUUUCCAACAAAAACCAUAAAUAGGUGGCGCUACAAUACCUAGAAUAUUUGAGAAAUCUAAUCAGAGACAGCGCACUUCACUUCGUCAAUAACGCCUAGGUUCUUAGCUUCUAUUCUAUUCCUUGCCUCUACCUUCCAUAGCUCGUAGCAAUGCUGAGCCGAGAAAUCCAGAACGCUGCAGUUUUCCCCCACUUCUACCAGGCGCGGAUACAAGAUUUGGCUUAGGGGGGGGGGGGGGCAUUUUGAGAAAAUCAUAUAUUUUUGCACAGAAAAUAAGGUAAAAAAAAUUUUUACUCAAUUUAGUAAUGUGAGAGCCAGGGUUUUAGGGGGGGGCCAUUGCCCCUAUGGCCCCCCCCUUGUAUCCGCGCCUGACUUCUACUACCAUCAUCUAGGUGGAAGGCUUGAGUGGACGCUAGAGUUGAGCGUACAGCGGGGCGUGGCGUGCGGCGUGCGUGUUAAACUAAUGCAAACGUAUAAGAGCGGCCGCAGUGCACGCUGCUCACACAGACCAGCUGCCCACACCGUCCCCAAAAUGACGGCCACCAGACCACCCCACCAGUCGGUGGGGAAGCGAACCGCAACAGCCGCCGCAGCCAUUGUGCGGUAGCGGCCCCUCAUACCCCCCUCACGGGGGGUAUCGACAGAUCUCUCACUCACUCACGCUGCUCACAUCACUCGUGAGCCCGAUGCCACGCUGCACGCUCCGCUUCGAGCGUCCACUCCAGGGCUUACACUAAGGGUCACUGCGAAGUGACUUAUUUUUGGGCGAAGAAACUAGCCCCUUGGUUGCAACGAAUCGCACUUUCAUACCGUAUUCAGUGUAUAUUUUUAAUUAGUUUUUUGUGAGCGGUCUCGUAGUCCCAAAACCGUAACCAUGUUAAUUGUAAAGGUAGCUGUCGAACGUUGUGUAUUUAGUUCAGGAGUGUAUGCCGUGUUUAUAUAAAUAGGUUGUAUGGGUGAGGUUCGACGCCUUUCUUUGUUUACACCAAUAAACACUACACCGAUUA